CUCAGUCAUUCUCUCCUGAUGACAACACACGUUUGAUGGCUCUCUUGUUGACAACCCCCAUACAUUCAUUAAACAGAGAUUUGAGUAAAGAAAUAAGAAGAAAAAAAAAAUGGAAAGCUCUCUCACCUUCCUUUCUCUCUUCCACGCAGACACACACAAACUUAGCACACUCAUUUAUACUUUGUAGUUCUGAUUCUAAAAUCCCUUGCGCCCCAAAUUUUAAUUAAAUCAAACGGCCACCACUCCAAGCUUUCAAACCGCCACCAUCAAUAAGUCACCUUGUCUUGCCUUAGUUUUCAAUCUAAGUUAGAAAAACAGGGGAAAACAUGAAAAGAAAGAAAGAGGAAGCUGAGAGAAAGGAGAGGAGAAAAAGAUGCUUGAGGGGUUGGUCGAUUAUUGCAUUCGGCCAAUUAUUGGGCAGCGACGGUUCGGCAGCGGCAACGGGUAGGAAAUCCUCGGGUGUGUUAGCAGCAACAGAGAUAAGCACAGCGAUGAUGAGGUUUUUACUACGCUCGAGGAAUCUAAGGGAGGAGAUAUUCAAGGCCCAAGCUAAGGAGAAGGAGAUGGAGCAUGAGAAAGCUGUCCGAGAGGAGAUCUUUCAAAAGGAGCAGCUAUUGCUCACUGCCAAGGAGAAAGAACUUGCCUCAUUGCAGGCAAGGUAUAAUGAGCUGGAUACAAAAAUGAAGGAAUUCAGGGACUUGCAUAUCUCAAAAGUAGAUCUCGACAAGUGUUUCGUCGCUUUCUUGUUUAGGGUAUUGCAAACCGGUGGCAUGGCUAACAUUGUGGCAAAGAUCAAUGAAACUGCGAAGAAUAUGGUGGCCACGGUGUUGCAGUUGCCAGCCUCGAGAGGUUGGAGAACAAAAAACCAAUUAAUGCCAAGUGGUUUAAGCAGUUCUUGAGGCCCAAUCCUCAUCGCACCAUGCAUGAACCCAUGGUGGAGGGUCUGACACUACUGCGCGUAGAGAAACUCCCUCUGCUGAACUCUUUGGGUGGUGCUCUUGGCAAGAUGGGCGCACCAGAGGAGAUCACCUCCUUUCCGGUUGAUAUUUAUGAGAUUCUAACCGGUUCUCCAGUUGUUGAGAUGUGGAUUCCUGAGGUAUCAGAUAGUGAAAUUGGCAUUGACCUUGUUUCUGAUGAUGGUCUCAUAGUAAGUGGACACUGGAAACUCUGGAGCCAAAGAUAAGGAUCCUCAGAUCGAGGAGAAUAUAAAAGAAGCUUCUAUUCCUGGUUCCCACCCAAGGGUUUGCUGAGGGUACAUCUGAGAAUCUUCCAGGCGGAACAUCUAAUCCUCAAGGUGCUGUAUGAACUUCUUCUUUGUAAUAAACUGUUUAUGAUAAUUUUGAGUACCGUAGGAAAUCGUUUAAAUGGCUGUUUGUAAAUAAUUUCUUUCGAAGUAGCUAAUAUGUUAUUCUUCCUUAUCAUCGUGUUUUGUUUUUUGACUAUCUCUAUUGAAUGUGCUAGGAAACGUACUUUGCCCAUUGAAUCUAUGUGAUGAUACUAGAUAAGAGUCAAUCCAAAGAAUUCCCCCUGUACUCGAUGCUUUCUGGCAUUUUAAGGAGGAGAGAGAAUAUACACAACAUUGAGAAAGUAAAAACGCUUGAGAAGGAUAUCCUCGAUGCCAUCCAGGCGUACAAUGUUAAAAUUCACAAUCAACUGAUGAACAAUAUUUGGGCAACGGAGGAAGAAAUGCAACGCCGCCUACACCAAUAUGCCCUUGAUUAUCAGAAUUUCUUGAUAUAGGAGCAGGAUAUCUAUGAAGAAAUAACUCAUCUAAAGGAAGAGAACGCUAAGCUGAGAGCUGGCGAGGGAAUUGUGAUAUCCCCAUGGUUUCUCGAGAAGAACCAUACAUUUGCCAGAGCUGAGCACCAAUUAAAAGUCAGGACCACUCGUUUUACAGCCGUGGUUGACUUGUUGAAGAAGAGAACUCAAGACAUAGAAUUCCUUGUAAAGCAAUCAACCAUCUAUCAGAAUUUACUGGUCGAUCACGGGAUUCCUUUCGCAGAGUUAGAGGGGCCUGCUGAGGAUGAAGACCCUAAAGCCAAGAGUGCUCGAGAGGAAUUGCUGCUGAACGCGAGCAAUCAAGACUUGGAAAUUAUUGACUUGAAGGAUAAACUGAAUCAAUACAUAAAUAAGUUGAAGAUUAUGGGUUUUUCAUUCGUUAUACAGCCUUCUCGGGAAAAUCCAAGGAAGUCCUUGUAAUUUAGAGGAGGGCAGGUGUAUUUUCUUGUAUUUAUCGAAUCUUGCACGAUGUGUGAGGAUAAAGAAAGUUCGGUGCCUGUUUGCACCAUUAGUUUAAUACUGG